AUGAGGAUUGAAGAAGUAACAUCAACUACAAAAGAGCAGCGCAUUGCUACCCAUUCUCACAUUAGAGGUUUGGGACUGCGUGAUGAUGGAAUAGCUGAACCUGUCGCUAGUGGUUUUGUAGGUCAGGAAAAUGCUAGAGAAGCUGCGGGAGUCGUCGUAGACUUGAUUCGAUCAAAGAAAAUGGCUGGCAGAGCAGUUCUACUAGCUGGUGCUCCCGGUUCAGGAAAGACUGCUCUCGCUCUCGCAUUAUCACAAGAACUCGGCCCAAAAGUCCCAUUCUGUCCCAUGGUCGGCUCAGAAGUAUACUCUACCGAAAUCAAAAAGACAGAAGUCCUCAUGGAAAACUUUAGAAGAGCCAUCGGUCUUCGUAUCAAGGAAGUAAAAGAAGUUUACGAAGGAGAAGUAACAGAACUGACACCUGAAGAGACAGAGAAUCCUCUGGGUGGUUAUGGAAAGACCAUCUCGCAUGUCAUCAUUGGCCUCAAAACUGUAAAAGGAAACAAGCAAUUAAAGUUGGAUCCAGUCAUUUAUGAGAGCUUGCUCAAAGAACGAGUCGCUGUCGGUGAUGUCAUCUACAUCGAAUCAAACAGUGGUGCCGUCAAGCGAGUCGGCAGAUCAGACACAUAUGCUACUGAAUUCGACCUGGAAGCUGAAGAAUACGUUCCGCUACCGAAAGGCGAGGUGCACAAGAAGAAGGAAGUGGUUCAAGAUGUCACAUUACAUGAUUUGGAUAUUGCAAAUGCCAGACCACAGGGCGGACAAGACAUUGUAUCCAUGAUGGGUCAAUUCAUGAAACCCAAAAAGACGGAAAUCACAGACAAGCUGAGAAAGGAAAUCAACAAGGUCGUAAACAAGUAUAUUGAACAAGGUGUUGCUGAGCUCGUACCUGGUGUCUUAUUUAUUGAUGAGGUCCACAUGUUGGAUAUUGAAUGUUUUACAUAUCUGAAUCGUGCUUUGGAAUCAGCUCUAUCACCGAUUGUUAUAUUUGCUACGAAUCGUGGCAUGUGUGUUGUCAGAGGCACAGAUGAUGUCUUGGCACCACAUGGAAUCCCAGUCGACUUGCUUGAUCGACUUUUGAUUAUUCGAACCAUACCAUAUAGUCGUGACGAGAUUGAAAUCAUCCUAAACAUUCGAGCAAAGACUGAAGGUCUUUCGAUAUCUGAAGAAUCUAUCAAGCAUUUGUCAGAGUUGGGAGUCAAGACUUCGUUGAGAUACUCCAUGCAACUAUUGACACCAAGUAACAUAUUGGCGAAGAUUAAUGGUCGCACGACUAUUGCUCUAGAAGAUGUAGAAGAAGUCGGAAAACUCUUUUAUGAUGCCAAAUCCUCGGCAAAGAUUUUGACAGAGCACGCUCAAAACUACAUCAUCUAG